UCAUCCUCAGUCAGUGUGUGUGUGUGUGUGUUUUUUUUUUUGCCGCCGAAAGUCUCCGUCGGUCUCAAUUUUACCGAAGUAACAGCGCUACCAUUUCGUUGCUUUAAAGAAAGGUACUAUGGCUUGGUGGGGAGAUGCUGAUGAAACUCGGGUUCUUAUUGCACCAGAUCACGAUACAAAUGGGAAUGGUUCAGGAAAUGUUCUAUCUCUUCGGCAUCCCAAAACUGGAAAUAAGGCAUGCUACCUCUAUUUUGAUGAAGAACUUCUGGAACUUCACUGGUUUAAGCAAUCUUAUGGGUCUUGGUUCCUGGGGGAUUAUGUUUGUGAAGAUGGCCGCUUAUAUACUGCCACUCCAGUAGAUCCUGUUUUCAUCCUGCUGCCUAUAUUUGAUGAAGCACGAAUGAAGAAAAAAGAUGAUCCAGGGAAAUUCAGGCAGCUGGAUGAGAUAUUGUAUGUUCAAGGGUAUGAAGGAUAUCAACAAUUGGCAUCUAUUGCAGAAAAAUCCAUGCAAAUAGUCUGUGAUUUUAAAGAAGUUGGAUCAACAAAGUUUUUUAGGCUUAAUGACUCGAAGGUGUUAAGGUGGUUGAGCUAUAAGGUGCACCAAUUAAGGCAGGUUCUACCAACGCUGGAUAAGAACUAUGCUGCUCAAAUUGAGAGAGCUACAUUGGUUGAUGCGGUCUCAGUAAUUGGUGAAUACUUGAAUGAAGAGCCUUGGCUGAAGCUUCUUUGCGGCAAGUUAAACUUGUGCUUACAGGAUGAACUGAGAUCACCAGAGCGCAAAAUUCUUCCAUCCUCACUUGAAAGUGGUCAGGCAUCGUUUGAUACCAAUGCAAUUCAGGAAAAGACGGGGCUUGAGAAGAAAACUACUGGAAAAGGAAGGCUAGCAAAAAAGGCCAAAGUAGAGAAAAACACUCGAAAUAUCAAAGACAUGUUCAGCAGAGCUUCGAGAAAAGGAAGUUGAAUUUUGCCGUAUAAUUGGCUGUAGCAACGGUAUGGCACUGUAAACGCGUGAUGAAGGGGGCAACGGAGGCUGCAAUGAACAAUUUGGGCAUUGGCACCUGUAACGUUCUCUUGAACAGAUGGCUUUCUCCUUGGCCUGUGAUUCAACACUUCAACCCGAAGGCUACUGCUUCUGUACAAUGUUAAUAAACAUAAUUGCUGUAUUCUUAGUGGUACAAGGGUCAAUGAAUCAACGGUUUAUACAAAUCUCAACCCUGUAAUUCUUCCAUAUAUCUGCCUGUCUUUCUUUAAGGACCUGAUGAAGGUCCAUGGAUUGAACUAUUUAAGACGUGAACUCAGAGGAGCUGCCAUAGCUACGAGGUACUUUAGGCUUGCAAGUAAAUGGAAUUGCUGAUUUCUGGUUAGUGGCCUUUACACUAGUCAAUAAUGUAUUAUUGUAGCCAUUAUAGUUUUAGUGGACUGACCACAGUGUUCUUUCUCUCUUCAA